AUGAGCUCAGAUCGUAAGCUCAUCACCAUCUUUGGGGGUACAGGCAAGCAGGGUGGUUCCGUGGCUCAUUCGCUGCUUCAAAGCUCGGACUUUAGUGUACGUGUGAUUACUCGAAACCCUGAGUCUGAUGCCAGCCUAAAGCUUGCUGCCCUCGGAGCCGAGCUCGCUCAAGGAAGUGGAUUUAGUAGCGAUGACAUGUUGUCAGCAUUUAGUGGUUCUUGGGGGGCAUUUGUCAACAUCAACUCUGAUGACAAGGUCUUUACUACUGAAGGUGGGCCAACAGAGUUCGACAUGGGCAAGAUAAUCAUUGAUUCUGCUGUUCAGGCUGGUGUGAAGCAUCUCGUCUUUAGCUCUGGGCCCCCUUGCACGGAGAUGACAAAUGGCCAAGUACGGAUGAAGGCAAUGGACAGUAAGACCCCUCAUCACAGGACUGUGGACCGGAGUAAUAAGAAUAACCCCUGGAUAGUGAAGAACAAGAUUGAGAAUUACGUAAAGAGCCUUGAAUCUUUCGAGACCUUUACCCCUAUUGGCGCCGGCUGGUUUCUAGAAAACUUCCUCGGCAAAGAGGUCGCUCCUGUGUUCGGUGGAUUUCCCUAUUUCCCUGAUGACCACGGAUACCUUACUUUCAGAGUACCAUACUGGGGUGGAGAUGAGCAUGUUCCAUGGUUAAGCGUCUCAGACGACUUCGGAGAUAUUGUUCAAGGUAUCUUCCUGGACCCUGGUCGAUGGAACGGUCACUUCGUUCACGGUGUCAGCGACAUCCGCAGUUUUGAACAGGUCGUAGCGGAUUUCGCCGCGGUUACAGGACGCAAGGCGCGGUUCCAGCCCAUAUUACCCACAUGGGAGGCAUUUGAUACGCAUGGAAUCCAGGAGCUUGAGGACGUGAAACUCAUGUUUGGCUUCACGCAGCUGACAGGCGGCCGAUACUUCGGGCCGGAAGCCACGGAGGUCGAUACCGCCAGGCAAUUGAAGCAGAUCACAGCGUUGAAGUUGGGUCGGCCGGAAGAACAGCACAAAUUGACUUCUGCGCGUGACUGGUUUGCUGCGAGAUUUACAAACUAG